CACCACCCACCCACCGCCUUUGCGCCUCCGAAGCCUCAAUCUCACCCGCACCCUCAUACCAUUCAAACACGCAUUCGCCAUGGGUAAUGACGGCGGCUCUAUCCCCAAGCGCCGCGAACUCGUCAAAGAAGCCGCCAAAGCCCUCACCACAACCCAAGCCAAAGAGCAACUCACCGAACAACAAGAAUACCACUGGUCGACCUGCCCUCUCUCUCGAAAGCCGCUCGCUGCACCUGUAGUCAGCGACGCCGCCGGUACCCUGUACAACAAAGACUCUGUUAUCGAGUUCCUGCUCAAGGAGGAUGGGCGCGAGAAGGAAGAAGCUGGGAAAGUCGCGGAUGUGAGGAGUGAGGGGCAUUUUGUCGAGUUGGGGUGUGCGGGGGAUAGAUUGAAGGGGCUUAAGGAUGUUGUGGAGGUUAGGUUUGAGGUUGGUAAAGAGGAGACGAAGGAGGGAUCUGGGAGUAGUGAGAACUGGGUAUGUUCUAUUACAGGGCGCGAGUUAGGGCCAGGUGCGAAGGCGGUGUAUAUUGUGCCAUGCGGGCAUGCGUUUGCAGGGAGUGUGGUUAAGGAGGUUGCGGGGAGUGUGUGUCUGCAGUGCAAUGAGCCGUAUGCCGAGAAUGACGUUAUACCCAUCCUACCAAUUCUACCGACCGAUCUCGCACGGCUAAACUUGCGGAUAAAGACCCUACGAGAGAAGGGCCUUACACACGCGCUCAAAAAAGCCCCCGGGAGCAAAAAGCGCAAGAAGAACGCUGAAAAAGAUUCAAACGGCGGCGAAGCGAACGGCACAACCACAAAAUCUAAAUCCUCGUCCGACGAAGACAGGAAGGCGAAGCCCAAGGCGAACGGCGAGAACGAGACGACAGUCAACAGCAUCAAGAACUCAGCUACUGCGUCGCUGACGCGGAAGGUCAUGGAGGAGCAGGAGGAACGGAAUAAGAGGAGGAAGUUGGGGCAGAAUGAGAAUGUUAAAAGUUUGUUUAAUACGACGAGUAGUAAGCCGAGUACGGGGAAUAGUGCGGAUUAUAUGACAAGGGGGUUUAGUAUUGGGAAGAAGUGAACGAAGUCUGGGGAGCCUGGUGUCGAGAAAUUGGGAGGUUAGGGUUAAAGACGGGCAUAUGCAUACAGGGCGUUUUGGGCAUGGAGCAGACUGGAGCAUGAGGCUUACAAGCUUGUAAAUUGAGGAGAUGUGAAUAAGUGACCUCUGUCCUUGACAAUAAUGUUUAAGUCAGUAUUUGAAAUCGGGCACACCCUAG